CUGCUCUCCCGCUCGCCCUCUUCAUCCACGGCCAUUUGGGCGUUCAAGGUUGUGCGAGGGAGAGAGGGGGAGAUUGCCAUACGCACAGAAAGAAGCCGCCCGCUUUCUUUCGGCAUACCGCUCCGCAGUCGCGAUGGCGACGCUGAAGCGCCCCGCCGCCGUUGCAGGUCUCGCCGAGGAGGGCGCCCCCGCCAGGCCGGAGGGGGCUGCGUCCGCCGCCGCCGCCGAGCAGGCCCCUUCCCCGGAGGUUGCACUCAACGACGAGUCGUUUGCAGUCCAGCCCGCCGAGCAGAUCGUGAAGAAAUGCCAGACGCGCAAGGAGGCCAUUCCCGAGACGGACAAGUUCCAAACCUUAAAGAAAUACGACCCUACCAAGCCGGCUGUGAAACCCCAGUACAGGUGCUCGGACUGCCACAACGCGCGGGGCCGCGUCCUCACGCUCUGCAAAUCCAACGAGGAGUUCGGCGACGGAUUCGAGAAAAUGACGCCCGACCAGCGCAGCAAGCUCAUCGCGGACGCGAAGGGCUUGUUCAACGACCAGCUUUCGAAAGUCAUCGAAGAGACGGUGACGGAGUACAAAACGCAGAGGGCCCUUCGCAACUUUUCUUCUGAAGGCGAGAUGGUCGACGUCGACAAGUUGGACGACCACGAGAAGUUCAAGAACGACCCUGCCGCGAAGGCCCACAUCCUCGAGCACGGGAUCAAGAACCACUGCGAGCACAGGAACAAAGAACAAGUAUGGGUUCCAACGCACUUCUUGAAGCUGAGCAAGGGGGAGGCCACCGGCAAGGAGUCCAAGCGCAAGAUCUCUUGCGAGACGGAUGUGAAAAUCAAGCAACAGAGGAAGGGGCCCGGCAACAAAAAGAAGGCGACCGAGAACGGCGAGGGCGGUGGCGAACCGACUGGCGAGGGAGGCAGCGAGCCGGCACACCCGCAGGUUACUCCCGCCGUCUUCAAGCGCUUGGAGUCGGGGCUGCAGAAAAUGGACAGCUCCGUUCUGACUCUCACGACGAAGCUCGUGAUGGCGCGGGCUCCAGAGAACGCGGACAGCAUCCCGAAGAAGACUAUGGAGGCCGCCGAUAAGCUUCUCGCGGACUCGGAGGCGGACGUCCAGAAGCUCAAAGAUUUCAUUGCAGCCACGCGCGGCCCCAAGCAGGACAUCAAGGACCUCCUCGAACACGUGGCUGAGGCGCUCAAGAAGAGCAAGGCGAUUUGCGGCAAACUCGACGCCUUGAUGGAUGAUGGAGAUGAGAUGGGCGCUUAGCUGUGAUCCCUACUUACAAAUAUCUUCCCCUAGGCUCCUCCCUUCGGUCGCUCGACACCACGGGCACGCUGUCCACCUGCGGGCUCGCGUUUUAGCAGCGUUGCCAGGAGCGA